AUGGCGCGCCCGGCGUCGCUGACGCGAUGGACGACGUCGUCCCAACCGCCGACGGGAUGUCUCUCCCGUCGUCGUCACCGCGCGGACGCCGCCCGCGGACGACGCGCGUCGUCCUCCCCCGUCGUCGCGACGAAGCGCGCGUCGCUGAUGAAGCGCUCUCGGGGCGAAAAGCGCGCUGACAUCGCGCGCGCCACGGCGGACGUCGACGCCGCGGAAGACGUCGACGCCGACGCCGACGCCGACGCCGAGGAGCUCGCGGGCGAGAUCGAGAUCCCCGCCGAGGCGAAGCACGUCACCGUCGUGGACGACUUCCUCCCCGCGGACCUCGCGUCCGUCCUGCGCGGCGUCUACGACGCGCGGCACGACGACCCGCGCCGCGUGCACGCGCAUCGAUUCGUGUGGGACUACUGGCACGUGCCGCAGCAGUACACGCUCCUGCGCACGCCCGCGGCGGAUUACUUCGAGGACGACGACCAGUACGCUCGGCUCGAGGACGCGCUGCGGUCGUACGCGAGGACGGAGCUCGGGUGCGGCGGGCUGACGCCGGUGUGGCUGAGCUGCUACGUCGACGGAUGCCGUCAGGAGCUCCACGCCGACGUCCCGCACGGGCCGUGGGCGUUCGUGUUAUCUCUCACGCGCUGGGACGCGCGACUCUUCACGGGCGGGGAGACGCUGGUUUUGAACCCGGAGACGUUGGAGUACUGGCGGACGUUUCGUAGCGACGACGUCGUGGAGAGGGCGAGCCUGACGACGACGAUCGAGCCGCUGUUCAAUCGACUGACGGUGUUCGAUCCGAGGGUGCCGCACGGCGUGCCCGUCGUCGAGGGAGUCAGGGAUCCGAAACUCGGACGGUUGGUCCUUCACGGGUGGUUCAACGACCCGGAGCCGUUUUUCGAUGGCGCGUUGAGUGAAACGGACGCGGAGGAGACGUUAUUGGACGUGUUACCGCCGCUGUACGAGACGUUGGGGACGCUCCCGAGGGCGCGCGGCGUCGUCGCGGCGAAGGUUUUCGUGAAACGCGACGGCGGCGUGGAACGCGUCCAAUUCACCGCGGACUCGCUCGUGCCGUCGCCCGAGGGCGUCGGCGGGGAGCUGAGCGCGACGGAUAUACGCGACGCGAUCAUGCUGGAGAUCGCGGGGACGCUGAUGGAGACGACGUUCCCGGCGAGCGACGGGGAGACCCGGAUAACGCUCCCCUUCGUCUUCGACUAG